AUGCAAACCACGCACAGCUCUCUGACCAAAGUAGUGGCAGUACUACUGCUACUGCUGCUACUUCGUGACCGCGAAUGCGGCAGCGCCCGUAGCUCUGCAACUGUCAAACAUGAUGCAACGAAUGGCUACAACCUAAAACACGGCGGCAAGGACAGGCGGGACAACAACUACCUCAAGGGACCAAAUGCGGUCGAAGAGAGAGCAGAAAGCGCUCAAUUGGUCGAAGAGGUCGUGACAAAGUUGUCCAGCGUCCGGGACCUCGAACCGCAGGCGAACAAAGUGGUGGAGAAGAUCGAAGAGAUUCCGAAUAAAGGGAGACAUGCGUCGGUGACGGUCCUGAUCGGUCUGUUGAAAAUGAUCGCCUCGGUGGCGGUCGCCUCGAGUCUCAUUGGCUACAUUGUGUACCGUGUCGGGAAUAGCUGA